AUGUCUUCAAGCACGCCUUCCCAACCGACUAUCGUCCCGGUUCCGGCGGGGAACGCAACCAUCGUCACCGCGCCUGUUCCAUCAUCGCCCUCUUCUCUUUGGGACCGGGUGUCCAAAUGGGCAUCCGAACAUAAAGCUUUAGUGUAUACAAUUGCCGGUGUUGCCGUCGUUGUAACAAGCGCCGGAGUCGUAUAUUACUUAUCAGAUUCUGGACGAGUGCAAGCUACGGUUCAGCCCGGAGAAAAGAAGAAGAGUAAAAAGGAACGAAGACGAGAGAAGAAGAAGGCAGAGGAAGAGAAAAAGUUAGAAGCUUCAAAGUCUUCAGAGCCACAGGCGAAACAGGCGGAGGAGCCAGAAGAGCUUCCAGAAGUCGAUGAGACGACGGUUCAAGCUUUGGAUGCAGAGACUCGCGCGUUGUAUGCCGGGAAAUUGAAGGCUGCUGGAAAUAAAGCCUUUGGCUCAAAAGAUUACAACAAAGCGAUUGAACUCUACGGCAAAGCUAUAUUGUGCAAGCCUGACCCCGUAUAUUACUCCAACCGGGCUGCCUGCUAUAACGCGCUCAGCGAAUGGGAAAAAGUAGUGGAAGACACUACGGCUGCUAUUGCAAUGGAUGAUGAAUACGUCAAGGCGAUGAACCGGAGAGCGAACGCCUAUGAGAAACUUGAAAAGUAUGGAGAUGCACUCCUAGAUUACACGGCCAGCUGUAUCAUCGACGGCUUCGCCAAGGACGCAAGCAAACAAGCAGUGGAACGAUUGCUCAAAAAGCUUGCAGAGCAAAAGGCGCGUGUCAUCAUGGAAGGCAAAGGGAAGAAGCUUCCCAGUGCUACCUUUGUUUCCAACUAUCUCCAAAGCUUCCGCCCUAAGCCAGUCCCGGAGGGCCUGAAUGAUGAUGCAGAGUUACAGGAAGAGAGCGGCAAAGGCCAACUCCGAAAGGGACUGCAAGGGAUCGGUAAACAUACCGGUGAUGGAUACGAAGAGGCAGCACGAUCGUUCGAAAAAGCACUGGAAUUGGGUGACUUGGAAGCCUUUGAGGCUCUUGCGCUGAAUAUGCGCGCCACUUUUACGUAUCUCGCGGGCGAUGCUGACAGUGCUCUGAACGACCUGAACAAGAGCAUUGAACUUGACCCAUCCUUGGUACAGAGCUACAUCAAGCGAGCCAGUUUACAUCUGGAGAUGGGGAACCGAGAAGCCGCAGCAGACAAUUUUGAUUUGGCGUUGGCCCAAAACAAGGAUGACCCUGAUAUCUAUUACCACCGUGCUCAGCUGCAUUUUAUCCUCGGUGAACUAGCCGAAGCCGCCAAAGACUACCAGAAAUCGAUAGAUCUGGACCGAGAUUUCAUAUACUCACACAUUCAGCUUGGUGUGGCACAAUACAAGAUGGGUUCGGUCGCCUCCGCCAUGGCUACAUUCCGGCGAACCCUUAAGAACUUUGAAGAUGUCGCGGACGUCUACAAUUAUUACGGAGAAUUGCUUCUUGACCAACAAAAGUUCGAAGAGGCCAUCGAGAAGUUCGACCGGGCUGUGGAAUUGGAAAAGAGUCACAAACCAUGGGGCAUUAAUGUGCUCCCUCUUAUCAACAAAGCUCUCGCUCUAUUCCAAUGGAAACAUGACUUCCAAGAAGCGGAAAAUCUCUGCCAGAAGGCACUUAUCAUCGACCCCGAAUGCGACAUCGCGGUUGCCACCCUCGCCCAGCUGCUGCUCCAACAAGGCAAAGUCUCUGAAGCACUCAAAUAUUUUGAACGAGCGGCCGAACUAGCCCGAACCGAAGCAGAAGUGGUCAACGCUAUUUCGUACGCAGAAGCCACCCGUGCGCAGCUCGAUGUCCAGGAUCGAUACCCCAAGCUGGCGGCUCGAUUGGCACAGAUGGGCGGUGCUGGUGGACUAGGCGGAGUCUUCUAA